CCAGUCCGCUCAACCUCUGCUGGGGAAAAAUGUUCAGCGGGGAUGUGCUGAGAGGGAGGGCUGCAGAAAAGUGUGGGCUGGGUUCAACUGGCACUUUAAAAGAAGCUCACCAUGCCUCAGAGCAUUUCGCCUACAUCCACACAUCUAUUCACUUCAGUUCUCCCGUCCACUUCUUUUCUGCCCUGAGGUGGUUGCCAGCAUGGCUGUCGGCCCGGUCAGGUUGCUAUGGUCAGUGCUGCUGCUGCUGCCAGUUUUGGGGCUCUCUGAAGCUCUUCCAGCCGACUGGCUUCCAGGAGAAUAUGUAAACACCAUCUCUGACGCCCAGAGGUUUCUGAGUGAUUACAACAGCACCGCCGAAGAGGUGUUUUACUUCAGUGUGUCUGCCAGCUGGAACUACAACACCAACUUAACAGACCACAACUCCAAGCUUCAGGUUGCAGCCUCCCUUGAAGAGCAAGCCUUCAUUGAAGCCUGGGGGUUGAAGGCCAAGACUGUCUUCACUGACGAGGUUCUCAACACGCUCCCUGACCCUAAAGACAAAAAGCUGAUGGAAAAGAUCAAGUCAUUGGGUGCUGCCAACCUUCCCCAGGCAGAACGAGAGAAGUAUAACACCAUUCUCAGCACUAUGGACAGUAUUUAUUCCACAGCUAAGGUUUACCCACAGCCAAAUGUAAGCUGGAGUCUGGAGCCUGAGCUCACUGACAUCAUGGCCACCUCUAGAAGCUACAAGAAGCUGCUGUUUGCUUGGGACGGUUGGCACAAUGCGUCAGGUGUUCCUCUCAAAAAGCUCUAUCCAGAGUUUGUGGAGCUUAGCAACAAAGCUUCUCAAGCUGAUGGAUUUGCAGACACUGGAGCUGACUGGCGAUCCUGGUAUGAGAGUGAAACCUUUGAGCAAGACAUUGACAACCUUUAUAAAACCAUUGAGCCACUCUAUCUGCACCUGCACGCCUUUGUGCGCCGCAAGCUCUACAACCAAUAUGGUUCCAAGUACAUCAACCUGAAAGGACCAAUCCCUGCACACCUGUUGGGAAACAUGUGGGCUCAAACAUGGAACAACAUUUACGAUCUGAUGAUCCCAUUUCCCAACAAACCCAACCUGGAUGUGACUGAUGAAAUGGUCAGACAAGGCUACAAUGCUACACACAUGUUUCGAGUGUCAGAGGAGUUCUUCACCUCCCUAGGGUUGCUGGAAAUGCCAACAGAAUUCUGGGAAGGAUCCAUGAUUGUCAAACCUGAUGAUCGAGAAGUUGUGUGUCACGCAUCAGCCUGGGACUUCUACAACCGCAAAGACUUCAGAAUUAAACAGUGCACUACAGUGACAAUGGAACAGCUUUUCACUGUACACCAUGAAAUGGGGCACAUCCAGUACUACCUACAGUACAAGGACCAGCCAGUUGGGUUUCGGAGGGGUGCUAACCCUGGUUUUCAUGAAGCCAUUGGGGAUGUUUUGUCCCUUUCUGUUUCAACACCAAAGCAUCUGCACACGAUUAACCUGCUGGAGUCUGCAGCCUCCGAUACAGAAACUGACAUCAACUACCUGCUGAAGAUGGCGCUAGAAAAAAUUGCAUUUCUUCCUUUUGGCUACCUCAUUGACCUCUGGAGAUGGGGUGUUUUUAAUGGAAGAACUCCUCCAGAGAAGUACAAUUCUGAGUGGUGGUACCUCAGAACAAAAUUUCAGGGAAUUUGUCCGCCAACCAAACGAUCAGAGGAGCAUUUUGAUCCUGGGGCAAAGUACCACAUUCCCGGAAACACGCCAUACAUCAGGUAUUUUGUCAGCUUCAUCCUUCAGUUCCAAUUCCAUGAGAAACUGUGCGAGGCAGCCAAACACACAGGUCCUUUGCAUACAUGUGACAUCUACCGCUCUGCAGAAGCGGGAGAGAUUUUGAGGAAAGUCCUUCAAGCUGGUUCCUCCAAACCGUGGCCUGAAGUCCUUCAGGAGGCCAUAGGCACCAGGGAGAUGAAUGCCAACUCAUUGUUGAAAUACUUUGAACCUGUUAUUAAGUGGCUGGAAGAACAAAACGUAAAUGAGACCCUGGGAUGGCCUGACUUUGGCUGGGUCCCACCUGUCCCUGAAGGAUACCCUGAAGAUAUUGAAAAGAAUACAGAUGAGCUUGAUGCUAAAAGACUUCUAGAUGAGUAUAAUACCACAGCUGAGGAGGUGUGGAACGCAUACACUGAAGCCAGCUGGAAAUACAACACAGACAUCACCGACGCCAAUAAACAGGCGAUGCUCAACAGAAGCCUGGAGAUGUCAGCACACACUCUAAAAUAUGGUCUGAAGGCUCGAGAGUACGACACCACCGACUUCCAGGAUCCCUUGGUCAAACGCGUCAUUGCUAAACUCAGUGACAUCGAAAGGGCUGCACUUCCUCCGGAAGAAUUGGAAGAGUACAACACUCUUCUGUCCAACAUGGAGACUAAAUACAGUGUGGCUGAGGUUUGCCGAGAAGAUGGGAGAUGCCAUCCACUAGACCCUGACCUCCAGAAGAUCAUGGCAGAGUCCAGGGAUUACAAUGAGCUAUUGUUUGCCUGGAAGGGAUGGAGAGAUGCUGCUGGCAAAGUACUUCGUCAGGAUUAUGAGAGAUACGUUGAGCUGGCCAACAAAGCGGCUGUGCUUGAUGGUUAUUCUGAUAAUGGGGCUAUGUGGCGGUCUCUGUAUGAAACCCCGACCUUUGAGGAAGACCUGGAGUCCCUGUGGAUGGAGCUGCAGCCGCUCUACCAGAAUGUUCAUGCCUACGUUCGAAGGGCUCUGUACAAAAAGUACGGUCCCCAGCACAUCAACCUAAAGGGACCCAUCCCUGCACAUUUGCUGGGUAACAUGUGGGCACAGACAUGGUCUGGAAUAAUGGAUUUUGCCAUACCGUACCCUGGUGCCACUCAAGUUGAUGCUACGCCAGCUAUGUUAGCACAGGGCUGGAAUGCAACCAGGAUGUUUCAGGAAUCAGACCGUUUUUUUACGUCUCUUGGACUGCUGCCAAUGCCAGAGGAAUUCUGGGAAAAAUCUAUGCUAGAGAAGCCAUCAGAUGGACGGCAGGUGGUGUGCCACGCCUCUGCUUGGGACUUCUAUAACCGAAAAGACUUCAGGAUAAAACAAUGCACCGUUGUGACCAUGGAUGACCUGAUCACAGUGCACCACGAAAUGGGACACGUGCAAUACUUUCUUCAGUACAAAGACCAGCCAGUGUCCUUCCGUGAUGGAGCCAACCCAGGUUUCCAUGAGGCCAUUGGUGAUGUCCUCGCCCUGUCAGUGUCCACACCCAAACAUUUGAAGAGCAUCGGCCUCUUGGACAAAGUUGAAGAAAACUAUGAAAGUGACAUCAACUUUCUCAUGAGCAUGGCACUUGACAAGAUUGCCUUCCUGCCUUUUGGCUACCUCAUGGAUCAGUGGAGGUGGAAGGUGUUUGAUGGUCGAAUCCCACCGAAUGAGUAUAACAAGGAGUGGUGGAACCUCAGAUUGAAGUAUCAGGGACUGUGUCCACCUGUGGCUCGUACUGAGGAGGACUUUGACCCGGGUGCAAAGUUCCACAUUCCUGCAAAUGUGCCCUACGUCAGGUACUUUGUGAGUUUCAUCAUCCAGUUUCAGUUCCACAAAGCUUUAUGUGAAGCCGCAAAUCACAAUGGGCCUCUGCAUACCUGUGAUAUCUACCAAUCCAAAGAGGCUGGAAAGCUGUUGAGUGAUGUGAUGAAGCUAGGCUCUAGUAAGCCGUGGCCUGAAGCCAUGGCGAUCAUCACCGGUCAGUCCAAAAUGAGCGCCCAGCCUCUAAUGCAGUAUUUUGAGCCUCUCAUACAAUGGCUGCAGCGAGAGAACCAGAUGAACGGUGAUGUUAUUGGAUGGCCUGAGUACGACUGGAUACCUCAAGAAAAAUUUGAAGUGGCCAAUAAAGUGGAAUUCCUUGGCCUGUACCUCUACGAGUCAUCUGCUUCAACGGGCAGUUGGGUCCUUCUGGGCGUUGCCCUGAUCUUCGCGGUGACCACCAUCGUGUUUGUGUACAAAUACAAAAAGGCAAAGAAGUAUAGAAAGUCCUCGUCUACUUUGGAACUGAAGUAAAACAGACUAUUUGUCAGUAAAGACUGAAGGGGUGAAGUAAGCCCUGAAUUACUGCGGUGAACACAAAUGCAACCUCAAUGUCUAUGGAAAUGUUUUUAUGUACAACAUCAAUAGAAAUGUGCUCCUGGACUUCUCCACAUCUGUUUGUUUUUCAUUUUUCUACAAUUUUUCUGUAGAGGAGUAAUAUUUAUUAACAAAGACAAGACAGUUUUUCUCCCAAUGCUCUUCAUCAAAUUAUUGUUCAUUAAAAUUUGUAUAUUUUCAAGGCAUCUGAAGCCAUGAAAUAUGUUCAUUUAAAUGACCUCAUUAAACCUCUUAAUAUAUUGCAAAUAUUUCAUAUUUUACACAAUUGUGUAUUAAAUAUCUUGAAGAUGAACAAAAGUUUUAAUUUUGCUAUGUUAAUAUGCAUUUCUUUUUGAUAGUUUGAUUUCCUUUUUUAUAGUUUCCUUAAAAAUUAUUUUGAUAACAUUUUAAAACGUAAACAAAAUGAACAUCACCUCAAAUGCAUAGUUUUCACUUUUGAAAACCUUCACUUUUGAAGUGAAUUUUUCCAAGUUUUCUAAGCAAAUUUAUUCAGUAUUACAGACACAAUUUUAACUUGGAUGUUGUUAAAAUAUAAUGAAUGUUUCUUUAUCGAAAUACAAAGACAAAAUCAAAAAUUGAGGCUGAAACAUGUCAUUUGAGAAAGAUGAUCCCUUUUUUAGGCUUUGCCUUGGCAUCCAGUAUUACUGUAAGCAUUAAAUCUAAAUGUUUGUUUUUUUCUUUGCAGAGAAAAAACAUUUUUUUUUUAAUAUAUGGAUAUUAAGGAGUGUUUUUAAAAUGAAUGUAAAGUCCUACAUGGAGUGAACACUUAAAUGUAACUUUCUUUAACUGUUCAAAAUUUUUGCUUUUGAGAAAAAUAAAGUUGAAAAAAAGCCCCAAA